UAACUAAAUAAAUACUUUAUCAUAAAAUUGCGCGCCGUGUCACAUAUGAAUUCCAAGUUUACAAUGAGAAAUUGAGAAUUGUCGAAACACAAGAAAUUACUCGUAAAUUCAAAAACCCAACAAACAAAUUCACCCUUUUCUUUCUCUGUCCUUUCUCCUCCAAAAAAACACACAGAUUUUCCACGAAAUUGUUGCUUCAUAUCAUCAGAUUCUAAUUAAAAACACAAAAAAUUCCAAUUAAAAAUCAAAAGAAACACCCAAAAACACAUUGAAAUUGUGAGAGCUCCCUUUAAAAAAGCCCUUUCUCAUCAGGUGAUUUCUGAUGAGAAGGGUGCUAAAUCGUGUUUAUUUUUCUGGGUAAUGCAAUUUUUUUCUUAAAGUGGGUGUUUUUUCUCGUGAUUUUAUCACUACCCAUUUAAUUAAUCACCCGCAUUUUCCUGGGAAAAAAUCAAAAUGGAAUUUCAGUUAGCAUAUUCAAAUUUUAUAAGAAUGGUGAGCAGAAAAUCGAAUGAAUCUUUGCGGCUUGUUUGGACAACUUUCAUUGGAAUUGUUAUUGGUUUUAUAGUUGGUGUUUAUAUUUCACUUCUUUCAGUUUCUAAGACUAAUCCAAUGAACUGCCUUCCUGCGGUGAUUCAGCCCUCUACCAACCAACAAGUAAACGAGGUUGUUAAACAAAUUCAAGUGUUAAAUGACACAGCGAAGGUGCCAUUGUUGGCCCAAUCAAACCCUAGCGGUGCAGAGAGACUACCGCCAGGGAUAGUUGCUUCUAAGUCAGAUCUCUAUCUCCGUAGACUAUGGGGUCUUCCUAGUGAGGAUCUGAAAACCAAGCCUAAGUAUCUAGUGAUCUUCACAGUUGGCUUAGAUAUGAAAGAAAAUAUUGACAAAGCAGUUAAAAAGUUCUCAGACAACUUCACUAUUCUGCUCUUCCAUUACGAUGGUAAGACGACUGAGUGGGAUCAGUUUGAGUGGUCAAAACGUGCUAUCCAUGUCAGUGCUCGAAAACAGACGAAAUGGUGGUAUGCAAAACGAUUUCUACAUCCUGACAUUGUGGCACCAUAUGAUUACAUCUUUAUCUGGGACGAAGAUUUGGGAGUGGAUGAUUUUGAUUCUGAAAAAUACGUUGAUUUGGUUAAGAAACAUGGUUUGGAAAUUUCACAGCCUGGUGUGGAUCCUAAUAGUCCGUUUACAUGGCAGAUGACAAGGAAAAGACAUGACAGUGAAGUUCACAAGAGCACAGAGGAGAAACCAGGAUGGUGCAAGGACCCACAUCUACCCCCAUGUGCUGCAUUUGUAGAAAUUAUGGCUCCAGUGUUCUCUCGAGAUGCAUGGCGUUGUGUUUGGCAUAUGCUUCAGAAUGACUUGGUCCAUGGAUGGGGCCUUGACUUUGCCCUCCGAAAAUGUGUAGAGCCUGCAUACGAAAAAAUAGGAGUUGUAGAUGCUCAAUGGAUUGUUCAUAAACGCGUUCCAUCACUUGGUAACCAGGGUGAAUCAUCAGACGGGGUUUCUCCUUGGCAAGGGGUGCGGAAAAGAUGUGAAAGGGAAUGGAAGAUGUUUGAGAGUCGAUUAAACAACGCCGAGAAGGCACAUCAGAAGAAUAUGGGAAACACCACAUAAGUCAGGGUACCACCAUAAAACAUUUAUUCUUUGUGCAAACAAAUUAGGCCAAAAAAAGUGAUAGAACAUAAGAUAAAGUUCACCAAAUUAUAGGUUUUUUGGCAAUAUCAGGCAACAAUUAUUGUGUUUUCCCUUGGAGUUUUUUGUCUAUAGAGCUCUAGUAUUUGAGUGGUUGAUAAUGUUCUUUUUCAGAUGUAUAUAUAAAUAUACAACAAUCAGCAAUUAUUUUCAAGGGAAAGUAAAUAUAAUUUAUAUUUGCACAGU